AUGGAAAAUAAGGCCAUAAAAUAUUUAGGAAUGGGCUUAAAUGUUUUAAUCUCUGUUUUUCUUGCUCUUACAGAAUGUUUCAUCUAUGAACUCUCUGAUUCGAUUAUAAUGGAUAUUGUUUUAAUUUUAUGUGGAACUUUUUUUUCUUGGAUUUUUAUUACUCAACAAUUAGGAUGGAAAAAAGGUAAACUUCAAUAUUACAUUUAGGAGAUAUAUCACCUUUUUUUUAUUGGGCUUUGGCAAUUAAAAGAAUAACUCUGGUUGGAACAUAUAGAAGUGAAUUUAUAUAUUUCUUGUUUGGCUUUUUAAAUGGAAUCUAUUCAAGUAAAUUAGUUGUGAAAGAUUAAAAGAGGUAUUUUUAGAAGGCUAGAACUUCUUUUUAAGUUAUAUUGAUAUUAGUUUUAAUAUUAUUCAAUUUCUUAACAAAUACCUUUCAGUAUCAAAUAAUCUUAAUAAUCUUUAAUAUAAUUUUAUUACUUCUAUUAGGAAUAUAUGAUAAUAUUGAAAUUUAACCUAUUAAUUCAAAAUAAUAAGAUUUUAAUACUGAUUAAAGGAACACAUAAGCAGAAUUGAAAAAGUGUUAAACAAUUAUUUAAUAAUAUCAAUCAAGCAAAUCAAUAUGGGAAUAAUUUAAUUAUCUAACAGAUGAUUGGAUAUGUAAAAUUGAUAUAAACAAAUAUAAAUUUAAUCGAAGUUGGGAAAGUAAAGAAUAAAGUUUUGUUUUAAAGAAUUUUUUAUAAGAAAAUAAAACGAAUUUGAAUUAAUUUUUAAAUAGUUUAAUAAUUGUUGGAUAAUCCUCUAAUGCAUCCGUUUAAUUAUAAUAUGAAUUAUAAGAAAAUAAUACAUUAUUAUAAUGGUUAGAGAAGAAUUAUUUAUAAGAAAAUCGGCAAAAUUAAUAAAAUUUUGAAAAAUAGAAAUAAUUAAAAGAUACAAAAACUAAUAAAUAAUAAGUUUAAGAUGAUUAAUAAUCAAUUCUAUCACCUUAGAAUGAUGGCAAAUAUAUAAUUUAAAAAGAUCAAUCUCAAGAUUUUUCUAGAUUAUAAGCUACUCCUCUAAAUAUGGAUUAAUAAGUGUUUGCAAAUAAAAAAUUCUUGCAAUGUUAAUUAUGUCUUAAUUAAAUUAUCUAUAAUUUAAAUUUAUCCAUAUUUUUAAUUGAUGAUGAUAAAUCUAAUGAAAUAAAAUAAUAGUCUAUUAUUAUUUAAAUGAAAAAUAUUGAUAGGUUAAUUAAAAGUGAAAUAAUAGAUUAAUAAAGAAGUUUAUUUUAUAGAUUUAUUAGUCGAUUGUCAUUUCAUUCAAGUUAAAUGUUAAAAUCAGUUUGUCUUAUAAAAAAAUCUAUUUAAUUAUAAUUAAAGUAUAUAUCAUAAAUUUAUUUAAAGAGAAUUUGAUAGUAUCAAGUCAAGUAAUUUUAAUUCUUCAUUUAAUGAUAUUGUAUUAAGAAAAUCAGAAAGACAUAUCGGAGGCCUUUUUAAUGCCUAAUAGACUUUUGCAAAUCAAACUUCAGAAUAAAAUACAAAUUAAAAAAUUACUUCAACUCAUAGUAAUCCUCAUGAAAGUUAGAUUUUGAACAUGUAACAAUUAUAAAUUGCAUAUUUCUAACAAUCUUAGGAAAUAUUUAAAUAAAUCGAAAAAUUAAAUUUCGAUUUAAUAAUUAUGAAAUAAAACAAUUUUAAUUUCUUUGAAUUAUUUAGUCAUACUAAAUUAGAUAUUGAAUAAUUUAAUAUAUUAAGUAGUUUUAAUAUUGUCAAAGAUAUUUUUUAAUAAAAUCCUCUCUUAAAUCAACACAACAUCAUAAUUACUUAGGAAAUAAAUCAUGAAACUUAAGUAAUAAUUUAAUCUGAUAGAUAAAAAUUUAAAUAAAUUUUAAUUAAUAUAAUUAACAAUUCAAUAGAAAACUUUGAACAUAAUUUUAAUAUAAAAAAAUAUUAAAAUUAUGAAAAUCCAUAGAUUCAAUAAAGAUAUUUAAAAUCAAAAUAGGAUUUAAAACAAUAAAAUAUGAUAGUCAUUAAAGCAUAAAGUGAUUAAGAUAGGAUUAUAAUAGAAAUCUAAGAUAAUGGUGGAGGUAUAGAUGAAGAAUAGCUUAAAAAUAGAUUGAAUGAAUGUAAAUUUGGUUUAGCAGCAAGUUAAAAAUUAUUAAGAUAUUUGGCAUAUGAUACUAGAAAACCUUUAGAAAUUAUUAAUUAUGAAAAAUGCACAACUGGAGUUAAAGGCACUAUUAUUAAAUUUGUUCUACCAAUAACAUUUGAUAAUUUUUAAUAAAAUGAAGAUAGCAAUCAAUCAGAAUCCCUGAUAAUUAGCAAUAUAAGAGAUAAAGUUUGA